CCCGCGCCCUGCCCCGGUGGCGCUGUCAGUGGCCCAAGUGCAGGGGCGGGCGGUGGAUCGCCGUGCGCUCUGCUUGGAGAAGAGAGGCUCGGGGUGAGCCGAGCGCUCUAUCCCCGGUGCAACGAUUGGUGACAAGGGGAGGAGGGAGCGUGCGCUGUAUCCCCAAGACAGGGAGCUAGGGGAUCUGCGCCUGGCGGAAGGGGGAAGGGUCCUGCUUUGCUCAAGGGAGUGAGAGGAUCUCAGACGGUCAGCUCGGGCAGCUGUGCCAGAGCGGGGCCGGCUCGUUGGCUGGAUUGUGGGGCUUCUGACCGUGCCCGAAGCCCUUCACCUUCUACCUUCAAGCUCAGGGAGGAGGUAGAUUUUCUUCAGCUUGGCUCCGCUGCCCCCCAGAGAUGGUGGGCCACCUGCACCUGCAAGGAAUGGAAGAGAGUCUGAAAGAGAAGAGCCGGGAGGGCCUGCUGGACAGUCCGGAUUCUGGACUGCCUCCCAGCCCUAGCCCCCCUUUCUACACCCUGGCUCCCGGGAUCAUCGGGGGCAGCAGCACGGGGCCAGAUCACCCAGGACAUGGGCCCAGAAAGGAAGCCAAGGAAGGCAAAGUGAUCCCUUACCUUCUUGUGAACUCUUCUGUGCCAGAGACGAGGCCUCGAAUGUUCCCAGUGUUCUUUGGUGAAAGCAUUGAGGUCAACCCUGAACCUGUGCAGGAAAUUAGGUGCAACUCGGAGGUGAAAUAUGACUCAGAGAAACACUACAGGGACGACAUCUUCUACGGACCCAUCCCCACCAUAACCGCCUACAGCGAGACAGUCAUUGCCACACCAAACUGCACCUGGAGGAACUACAAGUCACAGCUGAUCUUCGAGCCUAGACAGAAGCCCCUGCGGUUCCAGAGCACAACCAUUAUCUUCCCCAAACGCACCAAGAACAUUUACCGAACCACUCUCACCUACAGCCUGGGCUGUGCCAAGCGCUGGUUUGCGUCCAGCGUGCAGCUGGAGCUAUGCGAAGAAACCAGCCCCUGUGUCAUCUACAGCGAGACCCUUUCAUCCGCCCGGAGGGGGCUCUGACGACCACAAGGCCGCGUCCUUCGCUAGCCUCUCCGGACAGACAGAUUUGACCAGGUGACUUCAUUGAUGGCGACGGGCCCUUGACUACUAGCAGCUGGGCGUGCAUGGUCUUAGACGCAUCUGAACUGCUCCAAGAGGAGGCCCAGAGGGGAUGUACUCUUUAUGGAUUUGGUCAGUGCAAGGCUGGUGUUUGUUGUGGGACGUUUUUGAUGUUCAUGCUCUGGAUUUUUUUUUUUUUUUUUUUUUUUUUUUUUUUUUUUUACACAUAUCUAUUUUAAAUAGCAUUUCAAUGAAAUCAGAUAGCAAAGGCCCUAGGUUUGCAGUACCAUAUGUUAUUGUGCUGCUUCCCAGCUCCAUGGGGCUUCUCUAGCACGUAGGUGUGACUUAGCAGGGCCUUGGAAGCCAGUCCUAUCUGAUAGGAGAAGACCAGCUGCAGACUCACCAUCCAACCUGCACAGCUGCUAUCCACCUGCUUCUCCUAGUAUUUAAACACAGAGAAGACAGCUGUUAUUUUUAAUUGCAUAAAACAUUGAUCCUACUCCGAAUCCCCAUCUGGAGGAUGGCUUCAGGAUUGCAUUGCAGCACCACAGUGACUUCCAAUUUAGCUUUUUUUUUUUAAAAAAAAAAAUUGUCAUCAAAACAGGGUAGACAGUCAAUCGUGCUGACAGGGCAUCAGCGGUUCCAGAAUAGGCAAGUGCCAAACUCCCAUUUGACACUCUUCUGUGGAGCCAGAUGUUUACAAGCAAGCCAUGGUGUGCAAGGGGCUUUUAGGGGAGCCGAGAAUGGAAUGCUUAAGGGGAGAUUUGCCUUCUGAGGAGGAUGCAAGCCAGGGAAAAUGGCAGAAAGCUUAAUUAACAGGGAUAAAACACAUAGAGAGAACAGAUCUAAUUCAGGAUUAACCUGAUUUUAUGCAAAGGUAGUUUACGACAAUCAGGUUAACUAGGUGUAGGAGAAUAUGCUUUCAAGGGCAGUUCCUCGAGGACCAAAAGCCUUUUCUGUUAUAUGAGAUGAUAAAGACCAUAGCAGGAGCAGAAUUUUAAACUCCGAGUUGAAGACUGUCAACAGGACAGAUGUUUCCAAAAUUCAGCAGAAUGGGGCCGUGGCUCAUCGCCAGCCUGCUGAGUCCGGUAAUAGUGCACAAUAGUAAUAAUUCAUCCAAGGACAAUGAAAGGAACUGUCUAUUCCUACCCUCUGCUCCUCCCACAAGCUGGUUAGUUCCCAUGCAGCUGUAAAAACACAGAGGUGGGGAGCCUUCAGAAGGUGCCAGCGGGCCAGCAUCAGUAGCCAGCUUCAAACCUGGCUGAUCCCUUCCUGCCACCUACAAGCUCUCGGAGAUCUGGCACUGGGUCCGAUGGCGUCUGCAUGUCUCCUUGUCCCUGGGACAGACCCCUGCUAGCAGAGUCUGGUUUGACACCCUUUUCCCACCUCUCCUUCACAAAGAAUGGAUUUAGCCCCCUGGUACUUUAUUUUUUUGUGAGGUGAAGCUGGAAGAGGGAAGUUGGUUGCUCUUUUUUAAAUGCUCACUUUCACUUGUAUCUAAACUACGAGGAAAAUGUCCGGUCUAAGGCUUCAACUGGCAUCAGCAUUGAAAGGGAACGAGAAAAGAGAACAGUGCUUUGGCAGGUUCUGUUUUAUCACAGGACUCCAUAUGUGGCAUCGCUGUACUGAUCUGUUAACUGUUUUCAUUUCCCUCUGGGGAUAACAAACUGCAGCAAGACAAGCCCGGCUCUGGCCGGGAAAGGAAUUAAGGAAAUCAUGCCCAUAGUUAUGAAAAAAUGAACCCAUCCAGCAUCACCCACAAAGAUUAUUUGAUGUGCCUACAAGUGGGACUUUUGUGUUGAUUAGACUACAACAGGAACAAUGCUAAGCAACAGUGCAUCAGUAAAUGACAAUGCCUAUGCAGAGGGGUAUGAAAGCAAUACAAGAUCCCAAAGCUGUUACUGCUUUCUGAAUACAGGCCAACAGAGCUGGAAUUGUCAAUGGAGACAAAAGGAAUUAGAUACCUAACUCUCACUGGAUUUGUAUGGGAUUUGGACACCUACGGUAAAAUUCUGAACAGCACCUAAGUGAUUUAGGAGGCUAAGUUCCAUUUUCAAAGGAGACAGACUGAGAUCCGCAAAGGUAUUUAGAUACCUAACUCCUAGGGGAAUUAUGCACCUAAAUAUAUCUGAAGAUCUGGGCCUUGGGCACUUGAACUUUUAGUCUCAUUUAAAAUCAGUAGACCUUAGGUGUCUACAUGCCUAUGUCUCUUUGGCAAAUGGGACUUAGAUGCCCUUGAAAAUGUUACCUGUAACUCCUGCAGGCUUUUUAGCUAAACAGCUCUGAAAGUUAAUGUCUAUUUGGUUCCCCGCUCCUCUUUCUUAAGUGUUUUGUUUUGUAUUUGUCUUGCUGCAAUUCUGAUUCAGUUAGUUCAGUGUACACAUGACCAGCCAAGUUACAACACCUAAUAAUAAUAAGGAAUAACUCAAGACUUCUUGCCCAGAAAGUUUGUACUCACACGAACACCCACAGCUGUUAAAAAUGCCAUGAUAAACUAAAAACAAACAAACCCCUCCAGAUAUUUAAAAAAAAUGGAUUUGAAAAGAUCAGGUUUCCUUCUGCGUAAGCGGGUGAAUGGUCCUGCAAUUGUGGGGAACGUUCC